AUGGCUGAACUAAAGACAAUAAAACGUUUGUCAUCCAUAAAUGGAAACUUGGGAUCCAAAAAGAGCAAUAUAUACACAAUCGAUGAAGACGUUCCAUGUGAUCAUGAAAAUUCAUUCCAGGGACAUGUCAACGCUGGUGCCCAAUUUUCUGAUAUCACAAUAGAUGUGCAUGAUGACGAUGUAAACAAUGGGAAAUUUGAAAGUCCUAUAGAGAUAGAAGGCAGACUACAUGCAGGAACACCGUUAAGAAAACCAUGGAAAUACAAGAAGGCAUUAAAGCAUCUAAUUCCAGUUCGAUUUUCUACAAAAAAAGCCGAAGACUUACCCAUGAGAAAAGCUGGACUUUUCUCAUUUUGCACAUUUGGCUGGCUCACCUCUUUGAUGUGGAAAGCAUUCAAGCAACGUAACGAGACGUUUGAUAUUAGAGGAGUUUGGAAGUGUUCCCAAGAUGAAUCUUCAUUGCAAAAUGCUAAAAGAAUAGAGAAGCUUUGGAAUAUAGAAGUCAAAAGAAAUGGAACCAACGCGUCCUUCAGUAGAGUCUGGUUCAAAUUUAUCCGCACAAGAUUUAUCCUCAAUUGCUUCAUCUUAGUCAUCUGUAUGGGAUGUCUUUUUACAUCUAAUACUUUUUUAGUGAAGGAAAUUCUGGAGUAUGCUCAGAUGCCUACAGAAAACUAUAGUUAUGGUUUGAUAUUGGUCGGAUGUAUGUUACUCAGUGAGGUAAUACGUGCCUUAACAUUCUCUGCAAUAUGGGCCAUUAGCUAUCAAGAAGGUAUACGAUUGCGUAAUGGUCUCAUGAUGUUUAUAUAUCAAAAGAUACUCAGAGUGAAGGGGAUGAGGGGCCUCGUCACAUCCGGCCAAUUGGCCAACAUAUGUGGAAACGACGGAGAAAGAAUAUUCGAUGCUACGUCAAAAGUAGUGAUGAUAUUAGGGGGUCCAAUAUGCCUGUUAGCUGGGAUAGGGUAUGGAUACUACCUCGUUGGUCCAUGGGCACUCCUUGGCUUAGCUGUGUUCAUUCUAUUCUACCUUUUGCAAUUCAAAAUAUCCAGACUCACGACAGUUUUUAGGCAAAAAUGUAUAAACAUCACCGACGCUAGAGUGAAAAAUACAUUGGAAGUAUUAGAGAACAUAAAAUUUAUAAAAUUCAGCAACUAUGAGAAAGUAUUCAGUCCGAGAAUAUUUAAUUUGAGAAAAGAAGAGACGAAGACGCUGAAAAGGUCAGCGUACAUCCAGGGGUUAAGUACAGCACUUAUUCCUGUAGUUCCCGUCAUUGCUGCAGUAUGCACAUUCGUUGGGUUUACUUUGUCGGGGAACGCGUUAAAGUCACCAACAGCAUUUGCCGUUCUUGGAGUAUUCACAUACAUGCGAUCAGCUCUAGGGAUUCUCCCUGCUGCUCUUAAGUCAGUUUCAGAAGCAAGGUCCAGUUUCCUAAGGAUCAAGAGCAUUCUAGAAUUACCCGAGCAGACGCAGACAGCACGUAAAGAUAUCUCAAACACUAUAAAAAGUCCAAUAAAACUUUCUGAUGCAACAUUUAAAAGAAUUUCGAAGCAAAAUACUGAUAUUCCGUAUGAUGCAACUAUUAAGCAUUGCCUAAACGACAUCAAUUUUGAAAUCCAGCAGAAUCAGCUGGUCGGGGUUUGUGGACAAGUAGGGCAUGGAAAAAGCACUCUAUGCGAAGCGAUUCUAGGUGAACUGGAACUCAUCAGAGGAGAUAUACGAAUCAAUGGUACCAUUGGAUAUGCACCACAGACACCAUGGCUAUUUAAUGACACGGUGAAGGAGAACAUCCUGUUUGGAGAACUCUUUGACGAAAUCCGAUACAAACAUGUCAUUACUGUCUGUGGAUUGGAAUUAGAUUUGGAGCAGUUACAAAGUGGGGACCAAACUGAGAUUGGAGAACGGGGUACAACUCUAAGUGGAGGGCAGAAGCAGAGGAUAAGCUUGGCCAGAGCUGUGUAUGCCAAUAGAGAUGUAUACGUCCUGGAUGACCCACUUUCAGCUCUUGACACAACUGUAGCUGAACAUGUCUAUGAGAAAUGUAUCAGACAGGCACUUGCAGAGAAAACGGUUAUUCUCGUGUCGCAUAAUAUGGAGGUGCUAUCUAGAUGCGAUUGGAUCAUGUAUCUGAAACAAGGAUCUAUUUCUGAAAUGGGAUCGGUUGCUGACCUGACUGCAAUUGGUGGUGAUUUUGCUAAACUGUCUGAGAGUAUGGCAAAGACGAUUAAUGAGGAUGAGAAGACCAAAUCAAAAGUGUCGUCCAAAACAAAGCUUCCCGAUGGAAGUGGAAAAGUGAAACAAAAUGGUCGAAACGGUCUUGUAAAAAAAGAAGAAAGAAGACGAGGAAAAGUACCGCCAAAAGUAUACAAGGCGUAUUGUAACUAUGCGGGUGGACUGUGCUUUAGCUUCCUGGUGGUGUUCUUCUUCCUUUGUUAUGUUGGAAGUCUUGUUGGAAGUAAUCUUUGGUUAAGUUACUGGCUUGAGCGUACGGACCCCAAAAUGCCAUAUGGGAAUGAAUUUAACACUACGGCACGUUCGAGGAUGCUCUUGCACGAUGAUGACAUGAACGAAAUGUCCCACCACAAGAAACGGGACGUUAGUAUUGGUCUCACAGCAAACUACACCGAAUUUAAUCAAACAAUAUUUGAAUUGGGGUCAACCAAUGGAAUGGCAAACAUGACUUCAUCAAGUGGCGAUGCCGUGCCAACAAUUGCUGUGACAAUUAAAGCAAAUGAAACUACAACAUUAAAAACAAAGACUGACGAAACGUCUACUGUAAAUACAGACCAGUCUACUGGAACUGCAACUAUGUCAACUAUUCAGACAACAGUUUCAACAAGUGAAGCAAACGGCACGGAAACAACCUUUCAAACUUCUACAACAACAGAUCGGGAAAUGAGAACUUCGACUGACGCAGAAUCCACAAUGACAAGUAGUUCAUAUCCAGCUCUAAGUUCAUCAAAAUCACCAUCCAUUACUACAGCGUCUAGUUCAAGUUCUGCAGCUCCAACUGAUAAUGGUUCUAUCAAGGAGUAUGAGUCCCCGGUAUUUUAUGUCAGAAUAUAUGCUGUCAUUCUCGGAAUAAUUGCACUUGUAGGGGUCCUCAAAAUCUUGAUAUACGUUAAGGCGACGCUGAUGGCUGCGUCUACGUUGCACAAUGUGGCACUUAAGACGUUAGUCGCCAGUCCCCUGAAGUUUUUUGAAGAAAACCCCACUGGUAGAAUAAUCAAUCGAUUCUCAAAGGAUCAAGAUGAAGUUGAUGUCAGACUUCCUGCUGUGAUUGACAUAUUGCUUCAGAACCUUCUUCAAAUAGUUUCGUCCUUAUGUUUAAUCGUUGCCGUGUUCCCCUGGUUUCUGGUUGCUGCGGUCCCCAUAGGAAUCAUGUUCCUUUUGCUGAAUAUAGGGGUGAAUGUCGGGAUAAGGGAGAUGAAGCGAUGGGACAAUAUCAGUCGUUCCCCUGUGCUAAGCCAUCUGAAUACCACCGUGACAGGGAUCACUUCAAUAGUAGCCUUUGCUAAACGUGAAAUGUUUGUAAAGAGAUUUGCAGAUUCCUUGGAUGACAACGCCGUUCCAUUCUUUCUCUUUAAUUGUGCAAUGAGAUGGUUUGCCGUUCGAUUGGACCUUAUCGGUGCAUUGAUAAGUACUGCUGUGGCACUUAUGAUUGUUCUGACUAAGGGAGGAAUACCCGCCUCCUAUGCAGGAUUAGCGUUGACGUAUGCCACACAGAUUACAGGAAUAUUUCAGUUUACUGUAAGAACAAAAGCGGAGGUCGAGGCGAGAUUCACUUCAGUUGAACGGUUGUGGAAUUAUUGCAAGGAUCUAGAGCCAGAAGAGGAUGUGAAAAAUAUAGUAGGAAAGCCCCAGAAAGAAUGGCCCGACAACGGAGUUAUAAGCGUUGAUAACUUUAGUCUCAAAUAUAACAACGAUGGCCCGCGAGUUUUGGACAACAUAUCUCUAAAUAUUUAUUCUGGAGAGAAAGUGGGCAUUAUUGGACGAACAGGAUCAGGUAAAUCCUCAUUGACGAUGGCCUUACUUCGUAUGGUAGAAGCAGACAUGGGAAGAAUUGUGAUCGAUAACGUUGAUAUAUCAAAAAUAUCUCUCGAGGCAGUUCGAUCAAAAAUUGUCAUAAUACCACAAGACCCUGUGGUGUUCAAAGGAACUAUAAGGUUCAACCUAGAUCCAUGUGGUAAUCUUACCAGUGAUGAUGAUAUUUGGAAAAUACUUGAUCUCUUGAAUAUGAGAAAUAAGAUAGCAUCAACAGAAUUAAAACUCGAUAAUAAACUUGGGGAGAAUGGUGCUGAGUUUUCUGCGGGUGAAAAACAACUGAUAUGUUUGGCUCGUGCAUUGCUUAGAAAACCAAAGAUCCUAAUUUUGGACGAAGCUACAUCAUCAAUGGACGCCGAAACAGAUCGAAUAAUUUCUCACGUAAUUGAUACAGCUAUUACCGGAUGUACUAUCAUUAUCAUUGCCCAUAGACUUGAAACUGUGCAGCACUGCGAUAAAAUAAUUAGUAUGGAGAAUGGAAAGAUUGUGAAAAUGGGCACGCCUGAUGAAAUGUUGAAGCUUUGACUCCCCCUCUACCUGAGAAUCAUAUAUGCAACAAACUUAUGGGACAAAGUAAAGCUGAUGCGACUUAUAUGUACAACCAAGUUAGUGCAACGCGGUGAAUGCAACUAUGAACAGUUAACCGUACCAGCGUUUGCAACAUGUAGCAGAGCAGGCUCCAAGGCAAGAAUGCAAACUUCAUUGGUUACCCGAGUGACAACGGAAUAUGUGAUAAUUGUGAAUUUCCAAUGCUUUUAAGUAUAAUGAAACUAUACAUGUAUAGUCAUGUAUAGAUACCAUAGUUGAGGCCACAGAAUAUCACACUGACAAUUGCUAUUGCAUCUGAUAACCUCUCACAAUGCACAUUAUAAAUGAUGCACAAUUAUUUUUAGAACAUUUUAAUGAGCUUAUAUUUAUAAGAAAAUAAGUAAGUUCUUAUUUAUUGAAAAAUGUAAUUUGCAAUAUUAUAUUCAGAGUUCUGAAAGAGAUGUAUAAAUACUUGUAAGUAAAA